CCACUUCGUUGUCUGCUCACACUCGCAUUUGAACACGAAGCGCAGAGAGUAGCGGACGAAUUGGAGUGGGUCAUUUUUGUUGGCUUUUUUAAAUGUAAUACAAGAAGAGAAAAAGAAUUUGCGGCUUUUACAAAACGCUGUUCUAGAAAAUUGUGUAUUGAAAUUCAAGCAAAAUAUUACGAAUAUAGUGUAGUGAAUCAUAACGAAAUAGUUGUUUUUUUAUAUAUAUAUUUAAGAAGAAAGAAAACAAAAAGCGCAGACGCAAACGACGCCUAAAAAUAUCCGGGCAGAGAAGUUAAAAGAAACCAAAAAUUGGUGAAUACAAAAAGUGCUAAAAAGAAAAUAUUUUUAUUUAUUUUGCAAAGAAGGAGAAGAAACCAAAAAAUCAAAGAAAUUGAUAAAAGAGAAGAAUCCGAGUGAAGUGAAUCAAUUCUUUGCGGUUUUUCACUGUUGUUUAUCACAAAGAAACUUGUCUGGCUGUGUUGCUUUUUGCCUGUUACUCCUCCUGUAAAUUAACAAUUUCCACACAAAAUGGGCUGCGCCGUAAGUACAGCGCGAGAUAAGGAAGCUAUUGAGCGUUCCAAAAGCAUCGAUCGGGCAUUGCGUGAGGAAGGAGAACGUGCCGCAUCGGAGGUGAAAUUGCUGCUGUUGGGCGCUGGCGAAUCUGGCAAAUCCACCAUUGUCAAACAAAUGAAAAUCAUUCAUGAAUCCGGCUACUCCCAGGAAGAAUGUGAAGAAUAUCGCCGAGUCGUCUACAGCAACACCAUACAAUCGCUGAUGGCAAUUAUACGGGCAAUGGGCCAUUUAAAAAUCGAUUUUGCCGAUCCCUCCAAAACGGAAGUGGCUCGUCAAUUCUUUACGUAUGCCUCGGCGGCGGAGGAGGGCAUUUUAUUGCCCGAACUAGUAUUACUGAUGAAAAAAUUAUGGACUGAUGCCGGUGUCCAACAGUCGUUUUCACGUUCACGGGAAUACCAAUUGAAUGACUCGGCAGCCUAUUAUCUCAAUUCGUUGGAUCGUAUUUCAGCGCCAAAUUAUGUACCCACACAGCAGGAUGUGUUGCGCACGCGUGUCAAGACCACAGGCAUUGUGGAGACACAUUUCAAAUGUAAAGGUUUAUAUUUCAAAAUGUUUGAUGUCGGCGGCCAACGUUCGGAACGCAAAAAAUGGAUUCAUUGUUUUGAAUGUGUGACAGCAAUUAUCUUCUGUGUAGCAUUAUCGGGCUACGAUUUAGUAUUAGCUGAAGACGAAGAAAUGAAUCGGAUGAUUGAAUCAUUGAAACUUUUCGAUUCGAUUUGCAAUUCAAAAUGGUUUGUGGAAACCUCAAUAAUACUUUUCUUGAACAAAAAGGAUUUGUUUGAAGAGAAAAUCAAAAGAUCUCCAUUGACAAUAUGUUUUCCUGAAUAUACAGGACCCAAUACAUUUGAAGAUGCUGCUUGCUAUAUUCGAAUGAAAUUCGAAAGUCUAAACAAACGUAAAGAUCAAAAGGAAAUCUAUACACAUUUUACCUGUGCCACUGAUACAAAUAAUGUACAAUUUGUAUUCGAUGCCGUCACCGAUGUCAUAAUUAAAAACAAUCUCAAAGAUUGUGGUUUAUUCUAGAUACGUUUUUUUUUUUAAUAUUAUUAUUAUUAUUAAAAUAAUUAUUAAUUUUAUAUAUAUGUGUGUGUGUAAUUAAACGAAAAGAAAAUCUAGUAUGUUUAGAACUAAUUUUUCUAUGAUUUCACUCACUUCACUCACAUGCAGUCAAAGUCAUUCCAUGUUUAUUAUUUUUUUGAUUAAGAUAACAGAAAGAAAGGAAAAAAGAAGAGCGAAAAGAAGUAGAAUAUGAAAGUAAUUAGCAAUAGAAUCGAUUGAUUAUGAUUCCAAAUGCCCUCAGCAUUCUACUCCAGUUCCUCCGUCUUGCUCUGUUUAACAUUAAUGUGUAAACGACCAUGGCAUUUUCAUGACGAGAACAGAAAACAAAUUGAAAAACAAACAUUUCCAUUCAAUUGAAAAUCAUUAUUUUUUUUUUCAUUAUUCACCCCCACAAAAAAAAAACUUUAAUGUUAUUUUAUUUACAUUAUUACAACGACACAUAUGAUUAUGUAUGAAAAGCGUAAAAAUAAAAUAAAAAUUAUUUCCCCCCUUUGGAAUUGAGAAACAUCAAUAUGUCUAUAUGCUACAUACUCUAGUGCAUUAUUUAUAAAAUUUAUUUAAUUUUUUUUUUUCUAUUUUUAAUUCAAAAGGCCUUCUUGUUAGAACCACAAAUGUAUAUAAUAAAUUUGAUAUCGUUUUUCUCUAAAAAGGGAUAGUAAAUAAAACAAACUGCAACUAUUAAUAUUAUGAAAAGAUUCGAAAACAAAUUUAUUUCAAUUGAUACCAAAAUCAUCCUAUACUUAAGGUCUGACAAAAUAUAAUUAAUGCAAAUUCUCAGCGUGUAAGAAGGCAAGGCCUAUGUAAAGGUGAGAAUACAUAAAACGCUUUUUUGUCUGGCCUAAAUCAUCGGCAGGCUUCUUCGUAAAAGAACAAAGGAGUUUUAGGUUGACUUUGUUCAACUUCGGCCCAUAUUUUAUACUUUGUUGUUUUACAACAUAAACCAGUAAAAACUUGUUCUAUGUGCUCUCACUUUAAUGCAAGCCACACACAAUACAACUGGUUGUACAACUUCGAGAGAUUGUAUUCAAGAUUGUUUCGUUUGUGGCGAAGUUGUACGAAGUUGUGUCUCGGUUGUACAAAAAAUCAAAAUUGUUUGAUAUUUGGCAUGUUGUACCAACCGAUUGUGACGUUUUUGUUAUUUUUGAAGAAGCAACACCAUUGUUUUGCACAUGAAAACAAUACGAAAUCUAAUCAAAUAUGUGAAUUUAUUUCAUAUAUAUUAAAUGGAAUUUCAAUUUAUAAAAUGGAAAUUCAAAAAUCAAUAAUAAGUAAAAACUAUGGAGUCAAUUAAAGAGCAUGAAUGUUUUUCCGAUGUCAUCUUAACUCAAAUAAACUCUACGAAAAGUGCAGUUGUACAAAGAGGUUGUACACUAAGUUGUAUCGUUUGUAACCGAAACAUACAAUUUGAGUACUCUCCAAGUUGUGCAACCAGUUGUUUCGCGUGUGGCUUGCAUAAGGUCGGACAAGAAGACUAACUUUGACCACAAUCAAACAAUAAACUUAGUUUUGUACAAUUGUGAAUUUACUUACUUUGAAUUUCAAAUAACAGUCGUGCAUUUUUUAGAUGGGCUUACAGGUCCAUCUUAUAAGGCCAUUGUGUGUAUUUAAAAUUUUUGGAUUUUAUUUCAAUAAAAUAAAAUUGAAAAAUUUGAAAAGCAUACAUAAAAUUGGUAUUUUUCCUUCAGCUGUUAAUUCAGUUUUGAUUUGAGUAAUACCAAAAAGCAAAGUUAUAUAUACAAAGCAACAUUUUCGAUCUUAAUGCAAUUGAAUAUGCUUUCGAAUCUUUUUAAAUAAUUGGGUUCCUUUUCAAAACUCCUUCAAAUAAUUUUCAGUGUCCGGUGGAAAAUGCACAACAAAAUUGUGAACUUUUGUAGUCUAAAAAUAAGGCCUUUUUAUUUAGUUCUUUUCCAAAACUACUUUGGCUACAUACUUUAUAUACAUUAUUAUAAUAGUAGAUGCAUUCCUUUUUGUUUUAGACUUUAAACAUGACGUAACUACUUCUUCUUUUCUGCUUACAACAUAAAUAUUCAUUUCCAUAUCUAGCAUUAAUAUAAUAUUUUUUAAAAAGCCUAACCUAAUUUUAUAACUCAAAAAUAUGUGUGUUUUUAAGUUGAAAUUUAUAAUGACAAAUUUAAAGAAUUUCACAAAACUUCUCAUCCUAAGAACUAAAAUAAAAUCCCAUUAACAAUGUCCACUUGUGAAUAUAUUUAGCUGAUGACAAGGGAAAUAUUUCCUUCUGAAAAUAGAUUAUUUUCUAUUUCUCUGUUAUUAAAAUAAUAAUAUAAAAAAGCAAACAAAUAAAUACAAUAAAAAAUAUUCAUAUUUAUAUCACAUACUAAAUAGAAACUAUUGGGAAGAAAGAAAAAAACUUAACUAACAAUUGAUUUUACAUCAGAAGAACUCAUGGCAGAAAUCCGAGCUCAGGCUUGAGAG